UUUUUCCUAAUAUUUACGUCACUUCAUAAUUUUUCUGCUACACGCAUUGCGACAGAGGAAGGGAGAAAGGGGAGAGAUUGUCGACAGAGAGAGAGAGAGAGUGAGAUGAAGCCAAUGGUGGUGGACUACUUCGCUGACAUGGAGGAGCAGGGGUCGGCGAUGGACGUGGAUGACGUGGACGCCGACACCCUCGAGAUCUUCGGCGAGGGCCCCAUCGCCAUCGACCACAAGCUCGCCGAUGCCGACUUCUUCAAUUCCUUCGAGGACGACUUUGACGACUCCGAUAUCAACUGAAACUCACCGCCACCGUCAUCAAUCCUUCUAUUUCUGGGGUUUUGUUUGGUAAGAUUGUCUCUUCUCAUGCUUAUUUUGAAGGAACAAUGAGAAUGCAAUGUUUAGAUACGAUCUUCUGUUACGGAUCUAUGUGCGCUUGAAUAUAUAAUUAAUACAAAUUACUCUUAUUUUAGAUGUCUA